AAUUAGGGUUUCCAUUUGCACUUAAUCUCUCUCUCUCUCUCCUUCUUCUCUAGCUAGGAAACCAUGAAAGAUGAAAUGGGGAUGGGAUCAUCUAUAGGUGUGAUUUUCAGAUGUGCUGAUUGGCUUGAUAUUUUGUUGAUGAUUCUUGGAACAUUUGGAGCUAUUGGAGAUGGAAUGUCAACAAAUUGUUUACUUUUGUUUGUGAGCCAGCUUUUCAACACUUUAGGUUAUGGCAAUAUCCAGAAAGAUAAUGGAAAUCUCAUGAAAGAAGUUGAAAAGUGUAGUUUGCGAUUUGUCUACUUGGGAUUAGCAGUUUUGGUGGUGGCUUUUAUGGAAGGAUAUUGUUGGAGUAAAACGAGUGAAAGACAAGUUCUACGAAUCCGUUACAAGUACCUAGAGGCUAUUCUAAGGCAAGAGGUUGCCUUCUUCGACUCGCAAGAAGCAACUACGUCUGAGAUCAUUAAUAGUAUCUCGAAAGACACUUCCCUCAUACAAGAAGUUCUCAGCGAUAAGGUCCCAAAAUUUUUGAUGAACUUCUCACAAUUCAUCUCCGGCCUUGCAUUUGCGACGUAUUUUUCAUGGCGACUAUCUUUAGCUGCAUUUCCGUCGAUUCUAUUGCUAAUAAUUCCCGGAAUGGUAUAUGGAAAGUAUCUUCUCUAUCUUUCCAACAAAUCCUUCAAGGAAUACGGGAAGGCGAAUGCAAUCGUAGAACAAACCCUGAGUUCUAUCAAGACUGUUUAUUCGUUCACAGCCGAAAAGAAUAUUGUUGACAAAUACGCGACUAUAUUGGAUAGUACUGUGAAGCUUGGGGUCAAGAAAGGUUUGGCGAAGGGCUUAGCGGUUGGGAGCACGGGUCUUUGUUUCGCGAUAUGGGCUUUUCUUGCUUGGUAUGGAAGUCGUUUGGUCAUGUACAAAGGAGAAACCGGAGGGAGGAUUUAUACUGCUAGUAUUGCCUUCAUAAUGGGUGGAUUAGCACUUGGAGUGGCACUACCGGAAGUGAAGUACAUAACCGAAGCAUCGGUUGCAGCCUCACACAUAUUCGACAGGAUUGAUCGAAUCCCUCAAAUCGACGGUGAGAGCACAGAAGGACAUGUAUUGGAUAAUAUCCGAGGGUCACUAGAUUUCGAACACAUACAUUUCACAUACCCGUCUCGCCCAGACACGAUUGUCCUCAAAGAUUUCAAUCUCCGAAUAGAGGCGGGAGAGACAGUCGCCCUCGUCGGUGCAAGCGGGAGCGGCAAGUCAACCGCCAUUGCUUUGCUCCAAAGGUUCUAUGAUGCAGACGGAGGGGUGGUUCGAGUCGAUGGUGUUGAUAUUAGAACACUCCAGUUGAAGUGGCUGAGGGGCAAAAUGGGAUUGGUGAGCCAAGAACAUGCCUUAUUUGGGACGUCCAUAAAGGAAAAUAUAUUGUUUGGUAAACUUGAUGCAAGUAUGGAUGAGAUUACUAGUGCUGCCAUGACUGCAAAUGCUCAUAACUUCAUAAGAGAUCUUCCAGAAGGGUAUGAAACUAAGGUUGGUGAAAGGGGAGCAUUGUUAUCGGGUGGACAAAAGCAAAGAAUCGCCAUUGCUAGGGCAAUUAUCAAGAACCCGACAAUCCUUCUUCUAGAUGAAGCGACUAGCGCUCUUGACUCGGAGUCGGAGAAACUUGUCCAAAAUGCCCUUGAUCAAGCAUGCAUGGGAAGAACUACAGUGGUAGUUGCACAUAAACUCUCAACAGUGAGGAAUGCAGAUAAAAUAGCAGUUAUGAGUGGUGGAUGCAUAAUUGAGAUAGGCUCACACAAUGAACUCAUCACCAUACAAAAUGGACAUUAUGCAAAAAUGGCCAAAAUGCAAAGACAAUUCAGUACAGAUGAUCAAGAUCAACAUACCGAUAAUCAAGCACGAACAUCCUCCUUCUCGAGAUUAAGCACAGGGAGGUCGAGUCCAGCCCUCAUCUUACCCCCUGAAUUGUCAUCCACUGAAAAUGACCCCCAAUCGGUUCUAAACCCUCCUCCGUAUUUCUCAAGACUCCUCCGAAUGAAUUCUCCCGAAUGGAAAGAAGGACUCGUAGGCAGCAUUUCAGCCGUCGCUUUUGGUGCGGUUCAACCCAUAUACGCGCUCGCCAUCGGAGGAAUGAUCGCAGCUUUCUUCUCACCCAGUCACGACGAAAUGAGGAAACGAAUCAGAACAUACUGCUUCAUCUUCACUUCCCUAGCCCUAAUAUCAUUCGUAGUCAAUCUCCUACAGCACUUCAAUUUCGCGUACGUGGGCGAACGUUUAACAAAGAGGAUCCGACUCAAGAUGCUCAAGAACAUAUUGACGUUCGAAACCGCCUGGUUCGAUAAGGAGGAGAAUUCGAGCGGGGCAUUAUCUGCCCGUUUGAGCGACGAGGCGUCCAUGGUUAAGUCCCUCCUUGUAGACAGAGCGUCGCUGCUUCUCCAAACAGCUUCGGCUGUGAUCACCGCCAUGAUCAUGGGAUUGAUAAUCGCGUGGAAGCUAGCGCUCGUCAUGAUAUCAGUUCAGCCUCUCAUCAUCAUCUGUUUCUACACACGGAAAGUACUGUUGUCGAAUAUCUCUUCAAAUUUCGUCAAGGCGCAAAACCGCAGCACUCAGAUUGCAGCGGAUGCGGUUUACAAUCAUAGAGUAGUGACAUCGUUCGGGAGUGUGAGGAAGGUUUUGAGUUUAUUCGACGAGGCACAGAACGAGCCGAGGAAAGAAGGUAGGAAGAAGUCGUGGAUGGCUGGAAUUGGGAUAGGGUCGGCUCAAUGCCUGACUUUUGCAUGCUGGGCGUUGGAUUUCUGGUACGGUGCAAGACUGGUUGAUGCAGGGGAGAUAUCGUCCGGAGCUGUGUUUAAAACAUUCUUCAUAUUGGUUAGUACAGGGAGAGUCAUAGCUGAAGCUGGAAGCAUGACUUCUGAUUUAGCUAAGGGUUCAACUGCAAUCGCGUCCGUGUUUGCAAUUCUGGAUAGACAAUCGUUAAUUCAAAUUGGAACGACAAAACCAGAGAAAAUGAUCGGAACAAUUGAGAUGAAAAGAGUGGAGUUUGCUUACCCUAGCAGACCUAAAGCUCUGGUGCUGAAUCAACUUAGCUUGGAGGUAAAAGCAGCUACAAGUAUCGGUCUUGUUGGGAAGAGUGGAUGCGGGAAAUCAACAGUGAUUGCACUUAUACAGAGAUUCUACGAUGUCGAGAAUGGAACGGUGAAGGUUGAUGGAGUUGAUAUUAGGGCACUUAACCUAGAUUGGUACAGAAAACAUUUAGCAUUGGUGAGUCAAGAACCAGUGAUUUACUCAGGUUCCAUUAAAGACAACAUUAUGUUUGGGAAACUCGACGCAGCUAAUGAAAAUGAAAUUGUGGAUGCAGCUAAGGCAGCCAAUGCACAUGAGUUCAUCUCGGCAUUAAAAGAAGGAUAUGAGACAGAGUGUGGAGAAAGAGGCGUACAGUUAUCUGGAGGUCAAAAGCAAAGGAUUGCGAUAGCGAGGGCGAUUAUGCGAAACCCUAGCAUACUGCUUCUAGAUGAGGCGACGAGUGCGUUGGAUGUUCAAUCGGAGCAGGUAGUGCAGGAAGCCAUGGAUCGGAUUAUGAUCGGAAGGACUACCGUUGUGGUUGCGCAUCGGAUUAACACCAUCAAGAAUCUGGAUUCAAUUGCUGUCAUUGCCGAUGGGAAGGUUUUGGAAAGGGGGACAUUCGCGCAGCUCAAGAACCGCCGUGGUGCAUUCUAUAAUCUCGCCAGCAUCCAAAGUAAAUAAGAAAUAAGAAUCAUUUUUCUUUUUUGAUCUUCUCUUGUCCAUUAUGUAUAAUAUAUCUAUGUAUGUGUUCCCUAGUUUGUUAUCAAUGCUAAAAUAAAAAAGUUAAGUUUUUCCAUA